CACACACCUUAGAUAUUCAAACAGUUGCUUCAACUUGCCACUUAUCUCAAGUCAUUUCGCCAUUUAUCUCUGCAGCAAACGGGAUGGCAAGAAGAAGGCUGCCCAUCAAACCCAGCUCUCCACAAGGACCAGGCCUUAAGAUCAAACACGAGGCGAUCCAAGCUGAAGCAGGCUCCACAUCCAGUUUAAACUACACCAAGCUCAUCUUUCUCGUCCUUCUACUUGUUGGAAUUACUGGGGUGCUCUACUUUCCGAGGAUUGUUUCGUUCGUCGGUAGAUUUACUGGUGAGAUCUCGACAAAUCUCGCUAGCAAAGUGAAAUUGCGAGAGCAGGAAACAUCCAAUAAAAAUGGUGGAGUUCAGAACGACAAUUUUAUAGAUGAGGACUUGGAACUUGAUGGUCAUCUUGAGGAUGUAGGGGAAUAUCAGUCUAACAGAAUACAAAAUAUUCAAAGUGAAAAAACUGAUUCACGUAAAAGUGAUAGAAAUAAAGAAAAAAUAAUAACUAAAGAAACAAAUAAAGUUGAAGACAAACGAAUAAAACAAGCAGACAACGAACAGAUUCGAUCUAAAGACGAGCACUUAAUAGGACGGAAUGGCAAAAGUAAGCCAAUCAUCUUAAGUGGUGAAAACAAUCAAAUCGUGUUAGACCCAUCGCAGAUCAAGUUUGUAGACGCUCCAUCUGAAGACAGUCAAAGCUCUGCUUCCCGUUCUUCCCAAAAAACGACACCAAAGGCCCAAAGUAAAAUACAGAGAAAAGAGGCUAGCGAAAAGGCGCAGCCGGACACCCGUAAAGUGGAACAGGCGGGACCCGACUUGGAUGAAGAACUGAAAAACUUUGUUCCCACUCUACAAACAACAUUUACACCAAAGAAGAUUUUUGCAGACGGCAGAAGAAUACCGCCAGUUGAGUUGCUGCCAGAAAAGCCAACAAACAGUAGUGUCAAAGUGUUUUUAUUCGACGAAUUUUUAUCGAACGAGGAGUGUGAUGGUCUGAUGAGAGCUCACGACAACCACGUGAAGGCACAAAGCAAACAGCCCCUGCUCUGCUUCGAUUCUGUAGACACCCUGAGGAAACACAUCUCAGACGCCAAGAUGAAAGUGAAAGUAACGCCCAACGACUUCACUGCAGGGACUCGUUGCAUCAACUCGAGCUUCUCGGCUGAGCUUAGUUUAAAGCUGAACAGCAACUGGAGCUACAGCACAGCUUUCUACCCGGGGGAAAGCGUGUUUUCCAAGAUUGCAAGUGAGAGAAUCAAUCGAGCUAUGGGGCUUGAUCCAAAAACUGGAGGGAAAUUUCAAAUCACAUCUUACCCAGUUGGUAAAGCAUACAAAGAACAUACGGACUGUCUGAUAGGAGGACAGGACAAGCGAGAUCGUGUGGCCACGGUGCUCAUGUACCUCAACAAUGUUGAAGAUGGCGGCGAGACUAAGUUUCCUGAACUCGGCAUCUGGGUCAAACCAAGGAAAGGGCGAGCACUGGUGUGGAAUAACAUGAGCCCUGCUGGAGACUGCGAGCCCCAUUCAAAACACGUGGCCUCGAUGGUCAAGACGGGAACCAAGUACAUCCUCAUACGAUGGUAUUAUUAUACAACAUUCUACUCGAUUGGCCGGCGUCCUGCGCCUCCACAUCUGCCAGCUCGAGACAGUGAUCAGCCAAUGGUGAUGUGCGAUACAUACAAUAGUGGUAGUUGCCGGUGGUACGAUGAAUGGUCGUAUGAACCAUUACUGGAGUAUGAAAAAAAUAAACUUACACUUAUUUAACCAA